CUGUUGAUACUGGCAUAAGAAGCAUAGCAACAACACUUCCUUUCACUCAUCAUGUGUCCAUGGCUCUCAAGGUCAAAACUGCUGAAACCAAGGUUGUUCUGGUGAACUUGUUGAUAUGCAUGGCAGUUUUCUACACUGUGUACUAUGUGGUCCUUUCCAUUUGCUUUGCCAUAUUCAAGGUUAAAAUGUUGGAUGGUUUGGCACCUUUUGAUUUUAAGACAAAUCCAUCAUGGCUUAACCCACACUAUUUAGUUCUUGUAAUCUCAUUGGAAAUAACUUUUUUCAUUUGUGGUCUGCUGUUUGCCCUGGUGGUGGAAGAAUGGGUUUGGGAUUAUGCUGUAACGGUUACUGUUAUUCAUAUCAUCAUAACUUCCAUUGUUAUGUCUGAAUUUCCUCUGAUGUUACACUGGUGGCUGGCACUAGGAUCUGGAGUAAUUUCAAUGAUUUGUGGAGGACAGAUUUUGGCAUAUUGUUUAUUUAAAGACAACUUCAUUUACCCUGUUCUAGAUGAUUUUUGAAAAGGAAAAUUAGAUUCUGCAUUUAUUUUAAUAUAAUUUCCAAGAUUUCUUACACAACACAAUUGAAGCUGGAAACUGUCUAAUUGUAAGGUAAAUAGUUCACCUCUUAUUUCUUACAUUUGUUUGCAAAGUCAUUGUCAUCACUUUUAGCUGUUGUAUGUAAUCACUCAGCUUUUGUAUGUAUGUAUUCCAUUCAGCAAAUAAUUAGAUAGCUGUACCUUUUUUAAAAAACAAACAAGACUAUAAGAGCAAUGAUGUAAUACUCUUGCAAAAUCCUACAGGGAGAAAUGAA